GAUGAGGAAGAGGAGGAGAAGGAGAAUGCGCAGCAAGCAAGUGGUGAAUCCGUUCUCCCCGGCAGCCAGGAAAUUUUCUUCACCGUGGAGCCAAUACCCUUCCAAGGCGGGAUCCCCAAUCCUGAAGCCAGAGAAGGCACCUCUGGUGCAAAUGUUUCCCCAUACAUUCCCCAUAUCAUCUCCAUCCCUGAGGUUAUCGCAGAUUAGAAGGCGAAAAAAAUGCACCUGCGAUGACAUGUUUUCCGAACUCAUGCAUUCACACCCCCCCCGCACUGAUAGGGCACAGCUUAAUGCAUGGAGGCAUUCAGUGGCAGAGGCCAGGAAAGAAUUAAGUGAGUGCGAAGAGUGGAGGCAGGACACGAUGCUGAGGCUAAUCGGGGAGCAAAUGGACAUUAUGAACCAUCUGUUGGAGCUGCAGGAAAGCCAACAAGAGCACAGACCCCCGCUGAAUCCACUGUAUAACUGCAUGCCCUCCUCCCCAAGUUCCAUAUCUGCUUCACCCAGAUGCCCAAGAACGCGAGUGGGGAGGCUCUGGGCACCCAGCCACUCCACUCCGAGGAUGGCCCACGUAACAGAAGGCUGUCAUUCAAACAGUUUGAUUUUUAGUGUGGCUACAUAAAAAAGGUGGCCUUGUCCUUCCCUUCUCCCCCGCCCC